GGUAACAAAACGACAACAAGCCGGAAGUGGAUAUGGAAACCUGAGGUUCAGAGAACCUCUCGCACCUCCCCCACUCAUCUCUGCGACUCCUCAGCUUGUUCCUCCUCCUUCCUUGGAGAAGAAUGCAUCUCCUCCAGAUUCCGCCCAAUUUCCCUCUUCCCGUAUCAAGAAUCCCGACAAUUGAAGGAUUUCUUGCUCCAAAAGCCCCGUUUCUUUUUCCCACGAGCACACAGUUAGCUACAACCCGAGGUCAUGAGUGGUUUGCUCGGUUGUCUAACGCACAGCCACGCCAGGGUCUUAGGUCCAUCAUUACAAGAGCUACCCCAGCCAGAGCUGGUGCCUCAGUAGUAUCUGCAGACAUGGCUAAGAAAGAUGUACUGAAAGCCUUGUCCCAAAUCAUUGAUCCUGAUUUUGGGACGGACAUUGUUUCAUGUGGUUUUGUAAAGGAUUUGACUUUUGAUGAAACACUGAAAGAGGUUUCAUUCAGGUUGGAGCUCACAACACCUGCAUGCCCAAUCAAGGACAUGUUUGAACAGAAGGCCAAUGAGGUUGUUGCAGCACUACCUUGGGUUAAAAAAGUCAAUGUGAAAAUGUCAGCACAACCAGCAAAACCAGUUUUUGCAGGGGAACUUCCCAAGGGAUUACAGAGUAUUUCAAAUAUUAUAGCUGUUUCAAGCUGCAAGGGAGGUGUAGGGAAGUCUACCAUAGCUGUAAACCUUGCUUAUACGCUAGCUGGUAUGGGAGCUAGGGUUGGCAUUUUCGAUGCUGAUGUUUAUGGCCCAAGUUUGCCAACAAUGGUUUCCCCUGAAAAUCGCUUGUUAGAAAUGAACCCAGAAACAAGAACCAUACUUCCAGCUGAGUAUCUGGGUGUCAAGUUGGUAUCUUUUGGAUUCACUGGACAAGGCCGUGCGAUAAUGCGGGGUCCAAUGGUUUCAGGAGUCAUCAAUCAGCUACUCACUACGGCUGAGUGGGGAGAGCUAGACUACCUUAUUAUUGAUAUGCCUCCUGGAACUGGUGAUAUUCAGCUCACACUAUGCCAGGUUGCUCCACUAACUGCAGCUGUUAUAGUUACUACGCCUCAGAAACUAGCAUUCAUUGAUGUUGCAAAAGGAGUUCGUAUGUUUUCAAAGCUUAAGGUCCCAUGUGUUGCGGUAGUUGAGAACAUGUGCUACUUUGAUGCUGAUGGAAAACGCUACUACCCCUUUGGUAAAGGUUCUGGUACUCAGGUUGUCCAGCAAUUUGGAAUACCACAUCUCUUUGAUCUUCCCAUCAGAUCAACUCUAUCAGCUUCUGGAGAUAGUGGAACGCCUGAAGUGGUGGCUGACCCACAAGGUGAUGUAGCCAAGAUAUUCCAAGAUCUUGGAGUUUGUGUUGUGCAGCAAUGUGCCAAAAUUCGCCAACAAGUUUCAACAGCAGUAUCUUAUGAUAAAUCUAUCAAAGCUAUCAGAGUGAAAGUGCCAGAUUCAGAUGAUGAAUUUUUACUGCAUCCUGCAACAGUUAGACGGAAUGACCGCUCUGCCCAAAGUGUGGGACUUAAUAACUUGGACCCUAAUGGACGACCUAGCAAAUGACUUGAAGUUCAAUAGUGCUCAUAAGCACAUGAAUUGGUCAUGUAAGAGUUGUAAAAAAGAAGAAUUCAAAAUUCAAUCCCUUGAGACCUGGAGGUAAGAAUAUCAAAGAAACAUCUGACCUUGUUGGCUUACCUAUAUGCCAAUGCUUGAGACAGAUCAUUAAUAAAUUAUCCUUGUAAGUUGUAACUAUGUGCAGUUUAGAAGAUGCCCAUUCAUGACAAAAUGCUGUCAAUAAAUGCUAUGGAUAACACUUAUUGAAUGACCAAUAUGUUAUCUAAUAGGCUAUCUGGCAUGUGGCUUUCUUUUCUGUCCAUUUUACUUUGAUCCAAGGGAACAAGAGCCCAUGAAGCUGCACCAAAAGGAUUGAGAACAUCAAUUAUGGGGAACCUAGGACCCCCUAAUUCUGAGGAAUCCAAAAAUUAUGCCAUCUAGUGCUUUAUCCAAAGCCUCGAGCAUUUUUACAUCUUAAGUUGUGAAGUUGGAUAUUUUCAUGCGCUAGAUGUGCUUCCAACUUUUGUGAGUAUAUUUUGCAAACUCAAACUUCAAGGAACACCAUCU